UCCCACGGCUCUGGCAGCCCUGGGGAAACUUACACAAAUCCCUAUGGCAACUACACUGUGGUAGACACAGUGACCGAGGAUAUGCUGGACCUGGUUCAUCCCCAUUGGUACGGAUUCCCCCCCAUGAACGAAAUGUGGUACGGGCUUGUAGCCUUCUUCCUCACGUGCAUGGCCACACUUGCCAUCAGUGGCAAUUUCAUCGUCCUCUACGUGUUUUGCUGCACCAAGACUCUCCGCUCUCCUUCCAAUUACUUCGUGGUCAACUUGGCUCUGUCUGACUUCAUCCUGAUGUUCUGCAUGUGCCCUCCUCUUGUCAUUAACAGCUACUACCACACCUGGAUUUUUGGACCUUUCUGGUGCCAGGUGUACGGAGCCAUCGGCUCACUUACUGGUUGUACCUCCAUUUUCACCAUGGUGUGCAUCUCCUAUGACAGAUACAAUGUUAUCGUAAAGGGCAUUGGUGCAAAACCACUUACAACAGGCAAUGCGUUGGUGCAGAUCGUUAUUGUGUGGCUUACCUCCGCCGUUUGGACCUUCGUCCCAUUCUUUGGCUGGGGACGCUACAUCCCAGAGGGUAACAUGACGGCUUGUGGCACAGACUACCUCUCUGAAGAUAUCCUUACAGUCAGCUACUUGUAUGCUUACUCUGUUUGGGUCUGGCUCAUUCCACUUUUCCUCAUUGUGUACUGCUACUGGUAUAUUGUGGCUGCUGUAUCUGCCCACGAGAAGGCCAUGAAGGAGCAGGCCAAGAAAAUGGGAGUGAAGUCCCUGCGCGGAGACCAAGACGCACAGAAGAAGUCUGCGGACUGCAAGCUGGCAAAGGUGGCUUUGGUGACCGUGUCGUUGUGGUUCAUGGCCUGGACCCCUUACCUGGUUAUCAACAUGGCAGGCCUCAUUGACAAGUCUGUCGUCACUCCUCUCUUCUCCAUCUGGGGUUCUGUCUUCGCCAAGGCCAACACUGUCUACAACCCAAUCGUUUACGCCAUCAGCCACCCCAAGUACAAGGCAGCCCUGUACCAGAAGCUUCCUUGGCUGCAGUGUGCGACGGAGAGCGAUGACAGUGAAACCAAGUCCACCGCCUCCAACGUCACCACCAGCGAAAACAAGGCCUAG